CAAAAUGAAAUAAAAACACACACUGACACACCAAACGCUCACUCACUCAUUUCUCCACUUUCUCUCUCCUCUUCCGCCAUUGUUACAUGUAAAAACCUUCUAAACCCUAACUUCCCGCAACAAUGGCGCCAAUCGAUCCACACUCAUACACCGAUUCAACUCAUCCAUUCACAACCCACAUCGCACUCUCUCUCUACUUCGACUUCUCUUCCUCAAUCAUCCACUCAUCCGCCUUACUUUCUCUCUCUUCCCCUCACACCGGCGAUCUCUCCCUCGAUACUCGCGCUCUCUCCAUCACCUCCGUUGUCGACGCCGAAACCCUAACCCCAAUUCCGUUCUCUCUCUCCUCUGAAAUCGACUCCAUUAAGGGGGCUCUACUGACUGUUUCUCUAUCUAAUCAAGCUCGAUUUCUCAUUUCAUUUGAAACUUCGCCCAAUUCUUCUGCUCUUCAAUGGCUUUCGCCUCCUCAGACGUUCAACAAAACUUCCCCGUUUGUUUAUACUCAGUGCCAGGCGAUUCACGCUCGGUCGAUUUUUCCUUGCCAGGAUACUCCGGCUGCGAGGAUUAAGUAUUCGGCGAAGAUUAAUAUCCCUCGGACUCUCUCCGCCGUUAUGUCCGCCCGGCACGUCGAACGCCGUGUGCCUACUGCUGGCGAGGCGGGAAGUGCAUGUGAUGAUUCAAUAUGGUGUGCGGAAAAUAGGGUGGUGGAAGAGUUUGUCAUGGAGCAGCCAAUACCACCGUACCUUUUUGCAUUUGCAGUUGGAGAAAUCAGCCACAGGGAGGUAGGUCCAAGGACGAGAGUGUAUGCAGAGUCAGUGCCUUCAGUUUUAGAUGCAGCCGCAACAGAGUUUGCAGGAACGGAGGAUAUGAUUAGGCAAGGGGAGAAGUUAUUUGGGCCUUAUGAUUGGGAAAGGUUUGAUUUGCUGGUUCUUCCUCCUAGCUUUCCCUAUGGGGGAAUGGAGAACCCAAGGAUGGUGUUUCUAACACCUACAGUCAUAAAAGGGGAUGCAACUGGAGCACAAGUGGUAGCUCAUGAACUCGCUCACAGUUGGACUGGGAAUUUAAUUACAAACAAGAAUAAUGAACACUUUUGGUUGAAUGAGGGUUUCACAACUUACGCAGAGAGGAGAAUUGUUGAGGUGGUGCAAGGAGAAGACAGGGCUGCUUUAAAUAUUGGUAUAGGCUGGAAGGGCUUAAAUGACGAAAUGGAAAGAUUUAAAGAUAAUAUGGAAUUCACAAAGCUUAAAACACAGCAAGAAGGGGUGGAUCCAGAUGAUGUGUACUCACAGGUUCCAUAUGAGAAAGGCUUUCAGUUUCUUUGGCGCAUUGAACGGCAGAUUGGAAGACCUGCAUUUGAUGAGUUUCUUAAGAAGUACAUUUCUACCUUUAAGUUCCAGUCAAUUGAUACUGAGACUUUCUUGGUCUUCCUGAAAGAAAAUAUCCCUGGGAUAGAGAAAGAGAUCAAUUUGGAGCUGUGGACUGAGGGCACGGGAAUUCCGCCUGAUGCUCUAGCACCAGAAUCCAAGCUUUAUACUCAGAUUGUCUCCCUUGCAUAUGAGUUCAGAAAUGGGCGAAUGCCAAAGGAAGAUGAAGUUGCAGAUUGGGGAGGGCAGGAAUGGGAACUGUACUUGGAGUUUCUGCCUAAAUCUGUUGAAGCGUCACAGAUAUCAGCACUGGAUGCACGGUACCAACUUGCAGAAUCAAAAGAUUAUGAAGUGAAAGUAGCGUUUCUUCAACUGGCAAUAUCAUCUGGGUGCCGAGAUUAUUAUGGAGAGGUGGAGAAGACCUUAAAGGAAGUAGGGAGAAUGAAGUAUCUUCGACCACUUUAUACUUACCUAGUGCAAGGUCCAGGAAAGGAAGAGGAGAAAAUAUUGGCAAAAAGGGUGUUUGCAGAAAACCGGGCUUGUUAUCACCCAAUAGCUCAAGGUGUGGUAGAGGCCAUUCUAUCCAAGCAUCUGUAAACCAAAGUGGAAUCAGGGGACGGAGUUACCUGCCUUUUUACAUAUUGUUACUAUCCUAUAUUCCUAUUCCUAUUCCUAUUCCUAUUCCUAUGUGAGUUACUGUACUCGGUGUCGUCUCACAGUAAGGCUAGGGAGUGUGGAAUUGUGGAUGAGUUUAUUUUUAUGAAAUAAUACAGCUAGUUCAUGAAACCAAGUAAUGAACUACAUGCAAAUUUAAUGACCA